CUCGCAGCUGCGCCAGGACAGCCGGCGCGGCGGCCGUGCCCACAAGUUGCCGGCAGCUGAGCGCGGCGCCGCCCCCUCCUGCUCGCAGCCCCCGGCGCCCACCCCUCGGCGGUGGCCCGCUUGAGGACGCACAUCCCGCGGACACGCACCCCAGAUGUAAAGCGGGACCGCAGCCCCUCGCCCCCAGGCGCAUCCACUGAGUCUCGCCAGCGUCUGUCUCCUCUGCCAAACCCCGCGGCUGGAAGAUGUGGCAACCGGCGACGGAGCGCCUGCAGCACUUUCAGACCAUGCUGAAGUCGAAGUUGAAUGUCCUAACACUGAAAAAGGAGCCUCUGCCAGCCGUCAUCUUCCAUGAGCCCGAGGCCAUCGAGCUGUGCACCACCACGCCCCUGAUGAAGAGCAGGACUCACGGCGGCUGCAAGGUUACCUAUCUCGGUAAAGUCCCCACCACAGGCAUGCAGUUUUUUCCAGGCUGCACAGAAAAACCCGUCAUUGAGCUCUGGAAGAAGCACACACUAGCCCGAGAAGACAUCUUUCCGGCCAAUGCUCUUUUGGAAAUCCGACCAUUUCAAGUGUGUCUCCAUCACCUCGACCACAAAGGGGAGGCCACGGUCCACAUGGAUACCUUCCAGGUGGCCCGCAUUGCCUACUGCACCGCCGACCACAACGUGAGCCCCAACAUCUUUGCCUGGGUCUACAGGGAGAUCAACGACGACCUGUCCUACCAGAUGGACUGCCACGCUGUUGAGUGCGAGAGCAAGCUGGAGGCCAAGAAGCUGGCCCAUGCCAUGAUGGAGGCUUUCAAGAAGACUUUCCACAGUAUGAAGAGUGAUGGCCGGAUCCACAGGAACAGCUCAUCCGAGGAGGUUUCCCAGGAAUUGGAAUCCGACGACGGCUGAAGGAACUUAGGGAGCUUCAGCAAAGGCAGUAUUGGUCCAGGAAUUCCAGACCAUAGAUGAAUAAGCAACGAUUCACAUUUCAGAUGAGAGACUGCCAAACUAUUGGCCGACCAAGCUUUUUAAAUUCAGAAGAGCAAUUCUAAAUCUAAAGAAAUGUAUUAUUAAAGUAAUUACGUUAUGUUGAAAUCUGCUACUGCUGUGACUAUGAGGAGGGUGGGAGUAUGGAUGUUGGGAGUGCUAGACUCUUUCUCUCUCUUUCUCUCUCUCUCUCUCUCCCUUUUUUCUUCUCAUUCCCCAGUGCCUCCCGGUAGAAGAGCUCCAUGCUGAUUUUCACCAUUCUCAGGCAAAUACACUGAGGCUGUUAUUUGAUGGACCAUUCCAGUUUGCCUUAUGAAACCCAGCAAGAACGUUAGAUGCGCUUGUCAGAUCCCUAGUUCUCGGUGGGGGCGAGGGGUGAGUGCUGAUGCUGGUGUGGAAGUCGCAGGGCCAAAAGGAAAGGGUCGGGUGGAUUCAAUCCUGAGACGCCUCCCCCGUGGCCCGUUUCAGUCUCCUCUCAGUAAGCCAAUCAGCACAGCCUUCCCUGAGCUUUACAGCUAACAGCCUGAUAGUCGGCAGUUACUUCACAGUUAAAGAUAAUGCUUUUAUUUACAUAAAUAUAUCAAGUAGUACCCUCUUAUUGUAUUCACUUCAUCUAUUUUCUUAGAAUCCUUGCAACGACUAAUAACCCUUCCCUCCUCCUGCCCUGUCCACCGCCUUCCCCCUUCCCACCCAUGCCAGCGGCCCCACCGGGGCGAUGCUCAGCCUACGCUGCAGGACAUCACAUGCGAAGAAAAUAACCGAGCGGAUGAAAUCAGCCUUCAAGGCAGUCAGGCGUUUAAAACCACCACCACCACUACCACCGCAGAGACCUUGGAGAAAGGGAAUGAGUGAACAAAAAGUGAACCAACUCCAUGGAAGCUGUCCUUUUCUCAACCAGGAUGUCUGGUGACUUGUUUAGUUGAAGGGCCUGUUCGAGGCAUCCUGCCUGGCAGGCUUCCAGUCUGAUUUGGUGUCACCAAGGAAGCCUGCUGCCGUCACUCAACAUUGCGCUCCAAUGAGGUCUAUAAACUCGGCCUGUCUAGAGAACCUCUGUCCGUCUUGAUCUAAGGGGAAACCUGACCCUGCUCUCUUCAGAUUGGUAACACCUCAGGGUCGGGAUCGCCAGGGCGGUCACUGUUUCUAAUGAGAAGUUCUCACUAAGCCUGAGAUUGUUCAGUCUCAUGGGUCUUUUGAUGUCAUAAAUGCCUAGGGUCAAUAUUGAAUGAAAUUGAAAGUAUUUGUUAAAAUACAUACAUUUAAGGCCCAGAGCAAAUGGCUAGUUUCCCAGGUAAUGCUGCUCCUUUAGGAAAGUUCUGUUAAUCCCGGUAUUGUUAGGGGCACUGGGGCACCUUACAGAAGCCUUAAAUGAGAGCUGAUCGCAGCUGGAGAGCAAUGGUGUUGGCGUUUUGGUCUGUGUAUGUGUGUGUCCCUGUACACGUCUGUUUUGUGUCCAUGUGCCCCUGUGUGUGGGUCUGGGUUUAAGGCAUGUAGAAUUAGCAUGGAGUCAUAUUGAGGAGAACCCGCCUCUUGGAGAUAUGCUUGCUGCUUUCCGACACAUGUAAACUAUUCUUUAGCAUAAAUGCAUC